GGAGGGAGAUUGGAACAUGAUAUGUGGGCAGGACGGAGGAGUGACUACUGCUUUUUGCGACGUCUGAGUGAAAUCCCCACUGAGGCUGCAUUCUGUUGCCAGUGGAGACUACAUGCUGGAGAGUGAUUUAUCCUGAGGAUGUCCUAAUAUGGCCACCGUAAUGAUUGGUUUGCCAGCAGUGCUGCCUGCUCCUCCCUCCUCAGUGCUCCUUGCAGAGCUGAAUGAAUUAGAGCCUAUACAGGCUGGGCGGGCUGCUCUUCCUCCCCUUGGCUCUGGGAGCCCGGCCCCACCAUCACUUGCAGCAGCAGCAGCAGCAACAACAACAGCAGCAGCAGCAGCAACAACACACAGUCUGUCUGUGACAAGCAGUGCACACACAGGGCAGUGCAGCAGCCGCCUCCCCAGGCAUGGCACAGAGCUCACUAUGGCAGCAGUGCAACAGAAUACCCUUGACUUCCAGCUCAGUGUCACAGCUGACGGGAACACCAUUAUUAAAGAUCUACAGCCUAUAUUUCAAGAGCAGGAAAUGACAGAAACAGUCCAUGCUUGGGAAGAUCAUGGUUAUUUGGCUACUUAUACAGGAAAGAAUGGGAGCUUUGCUACUGUACGAAUCUACCCUCGUGGCUUAGUGCUGAUAGAUGUGCAGUGCAGCGAUGAGCCGCAGGAGAAGGCAUCUGCACAUCAGAUAUUAAACAAGAUAGAAGAAAAGAUGCAAGAAAUUCUGCACAAUAGUAUCAGGCAGGUGAAGAGAUUACCAGCUCUUGUUCGAGGUGCCCCGGUAGACAGAUACUGGCCCACUGCUGACGGACGCCUGGUUGAGUACGACAUAGAUGAAGUUGUUUACAGUAAAGAAUCGCCUUAUCAGAAUAUAAAAAUAAUGCACUCAAAGCAGUUUGGAAAUAUUCUUAUUCUCAAUGGAGAUGUUAACUUGGCAGAAAGUGACCUCGCAUACACCCACGCAAUUAUGGGCAGUGGCAAGGAAGACUACUAUGGGAAGGAAGUGCUGAUUCUGGGUGGAGGAGAUGGAGGCAUACUGUAUGAGCUUGUCAAACUGAAUCCAAAGAUGGUCACCAUGGUGGAGAUAGACCAGAUGGUGAUUGAUGGAUGUAGAGAAUACAUGCGCAAAACUUGUGGGGAUGUGUUAGACAAUCUCAAAGGUGACUGCUAUCAGGUUUUGGUAGAAGACUGCGUACCAGUUUUGAAGAUGUAUGCCAAAGAAGGGAGGACGUUUGAUUAUGUAAUUAAUGAUCUCACUGCUGUCCCAAUCUCCACAUCUCCAGAAGAAGAUUCUACUUGGGAAUUUUUGCACUUGAUAUUGGAUCUUUCCAUGAAAGUCUUAAAGGAUGAUGGGAAAUAUUUCACUCAGGGAAACUGUGUAAACCUGACUGAAGCUUUGACUCUCUAUGAAGAACAGCUGAAUAUGCUUUCCUGCCCUGUGCAAUUCUCUAAGGAGGUUGUGUGCGUUCCCUCCUACAUGGAACUAUGGGUGUUUUACACCAUUUGGAAGAAGAGAUCCGGCUCCUAAUCCUCUAAAAAGAUCAAAUUCUUCCACGCUGCAUGAAGCAUAAAGGCUUUGCACGUGCUGCAUGUCAGCAUUGUGAAAUCCUUCAAUUAUACGUUGUAGAUAAUCCUAAAUGUGCGUAGGCAUUUUGGAUAUUAUUUAAGUUCCUCGGAGAGUGGGGUGAAAAUGAAAAUAUCGAUGAGGUGGAUUUGUUUUUGUUUUAUUUUUUUUAAUUUCUUGUUGUGUUUUUAUUCUCAAAAAUCAUCUUAGAGAUUGGCAGUGUCCUUUGCGCUGCUGAAUGCACUGAACCUAAACAAUGUGAUCGUUUUUAGUCAUAUAUAUAUAUAUAUAUAUAUAUAUAUAUAUAUAUAUAUAUAUAUAUAUAUAUAUAACCAGAUAACGCUGCAGGUCUGUCCAGACGGAAUGCAAUGACGUUGUAAAAUCUGUCUCUAAUUUUAUGUUUUGCCCAGAUCCACUGUUUUAUUGUUAUUUGCACUUGAUUGAUAUUAGAGACGUUGACGUUUAUUUCACACGUGGCCACAAUCAGUACAACUGGAGUAUGGUUAAUUCUGCUGCCUGCAGGCUACCUUAUAGUAACUCUUCUACCUAGAGCAAGUGAACGUGUAGAGUCCUACCAUGUGAGAUAGCAGAGCACUGCCGGUUGAUUAUACUUUCUGAAGUGCAGUGUAAUGUAGAUACAUAUAGAGGUUUGAUUCUCAUCUGAUAUGUCGUGAGCCAUAUUAACACGGUAGAGCAGGGGUUGGUUACCGAGCUGCCAGCAUCGAGGCUGCACAUUAUUGCCUGGACUUGAAGUUCAAAGACAGCUUGCUUAUGGCUGCACACAUUGCGGGUUUUGUGUCCUAUUCACGUUGUUUGGUGCUAUGAGAUUGUUUUAUCUGAGUGCUUCCGUUCUAGACACUAGUAAGGAACCUUGUGUCUAAAUCCCAUUUUUAAUAUGCUCCUUUAAAAUUCCUCUUUUUCUUUUUAUUUGGCAUAGGUAGACAAAUGUGUUUUUUUUUCUUUGUAGAGUAAACUCUCUAGCUUCAUAACCAUAGUGUAAAUGUUGCAUUUGGUUUCUAUAAUACUGUAUUCCAGAGGACAGUAGCUCUAGUAAAUCAUUAGAGAAUUCGCUAGAAGAUAGAAGUAAAGUAUUAUUUUGCCACUUUUGAUUGCACUACAGCGUGGAAGCGCUUCUAUGAGAACAUCCAGAGAUCUUCUUUGGCAAUGGUUGCUACAUUAUGGUUGGCCUUUUUUUUUUUUGCACAUAACUUUCUAGGCCAGUUCAUUGGUCACCCCAGUUUGGUUUUGUUCUAAGAGUAUCAAAAUAUAAAGCUAGAUGAGUUGCUCUACUCAAUAUAUAAUAGUAGGGCAUAGAAACCUUUGAUUGAAAGAACAAAUAUAACCCGUUUAUAAUUAGAGUUUACCUAGUUAUGCUCAUAUAACAUUUAUGUGUUUGCCAUUAUUUACUGAGGCAUUCUCCGUAGACAGCUACACUAGUAACCGUCACCGGGUGGUGUAAUGCAGUCUGUGGAAAGUCCACUGUUAGAGCCGGCUUCAUGGCUAUGCCUCCAUAUUUUGCAUUAGAAAUAAAGGGAAAUCAAGAAUAAGCUUUACUUAUAAAAAGGGUAUAUUUUCAUUCAAGAGCCUUCAACAUGAAACAAUAAAAGGCGUUGGGACUCAGUUUGCAAAGCAAAUAACCAGCAUGCAAUCUGGAAUAUUUUUUUAAACUACUGAGGCGGAGAAUUGUGAUGGUGAAAUGCCAGUCAAGACAGUCUGCAGAUUAGGGUUGCCUUAGACAGUGGCAUUCAGAGACCGUUUGCAAAUGUACUUUCUUUUUGUUUGUUUUUUUAAUCUUUGUAGUUUUUUUUUACUUUGUUAUCUGGUUACUAGGGGUGCAGUUGCACUAGCAACCAGACUGAGGUUUGAAUGAUUGAUUGGAACAGAGGAGUUAGGCUGUUUAGUAAGAUAAGUAAUAAAACAAUUAUAAUAACAGUAAACAUCAGGCCUCAAUGUAACGUCCCAGUUCUAAGUUGAUGUUACCGUUUUAACUUAAAGCAGCAUAAAUACAAAACAGGCCUUUCUGCAGCUAUAACACUGGAUAGAAGUAAAUAUGUGAAUGUAUAGAAACAGUACUUUGUUUUUAGUUAUUAAUAGGGACUGUAGUUCAGUUUUUUUGGGUUCCAUCAGUAUUAUUGCACAACUUUUGUUUGGUGCAUAGCCUAAGGCAAAGGCUUUAACAGUGCAUCUGAAAUGGCUUUACACUUAAGAGUUACAAUAAGCUUAUCUUUGUCAUUUUGUCCAUUACAAAUAGAUAGUAAAAGGGAUGUCAUCACCACAUAAUGUUUCACACUUGAUAGAAACAACUUAGGGGUUGAUUUAUGAGUGGAAACCAUACAUAUGCUACUCUUAUUUCUGUUUAACAAUGCAUUUUUCCCUCUGUAACCAUUGCAUGCAGCAUGCAAAAUACUGGUCUGAAUCAAGGAUUGAUUGGCAAGUGUUAGUGCUCAGGGCUGCGGCUGAGCAGCAGUGAGUAACGACGUCCAAAUGAAAUUAUUGUGUUCUGGCAAUUCAACAAAUAUCUGGUCAAUGCGUCAAUUCGUAACUCUCUAAUGAUAGUCAUGAAAGUCUUGUUAGAAAGGAAUUGAGAUCUCUGGAAAUCCUUUUGGCGAAAGAUGAACAACUCCCUAAAGAUCUUUAUACACUAUAAGAUUUGCUUGUUUGUUGAGGUCACCAAACGAGUGUAUCUUUCCCCGAUAUGCCCACUAAAAGCAAUUAAUAUUGAGCUAAUUGUUUAUUCGGCCUUAGGGCCAAACGAUUGGAUUACAAUGACGGGAAUAGGCACUGACGGGACGAGGUCCACAUCAACCGACACGGUCCUCGAUUGGAUGGGACAUCUGCCUGAGUUUUGACCAGAUAUCGGUCGGGAGGCUUGUCGGUGGCCCUCUACACGAGCAGAUAAGCUGUCGAAUCGAUCUGAUGGAUCCCAAUCAGCAUCUUAAAUCUGCCCAUGUAUCCACCUUAAGCCCAUUUAUUUGGUUUGCAGUCUGUGUGUGGCGAUCUAGUUAUUUGCACUCGAUUGGAAAUGUAGAAUAUAGAACUUAUUGGAGGCUAAAUUUAUUAGAAAACCUGAAACAGCAGGUGUUCAGAUUGCAGCGGUGACUUGUACUAUUGUGUUGCUUUUUUUCUAGGCACGAUUUGUUUGUUUUUAGAUGUACACCUGUAACACCUCUGAACGGUCCAGAAAUGUUUAUUUUUUAUUUCAAGUAUAAUGGGUUCUGAAGGCUAGGGUCACAUGGGCUACAUUUACAGGUUACCUAUAGCUGGAUUUCAACAGGUUUCCUUGUAGCCUUUGUGUCCCUCCACAUUUGGAAUCAUCCAGUCUGUGGUCAUUUUGCCUGACUACAGAAGUGAUCAUAUCAUACAUAAAUUUUCUCAGCAACAUUUUCAUGUGACCUGAAAAAGGCUCUACCUAUGGCCCCAGGGAUGUCUUUAGACUUCCUUGUGUGUCAACCUUAUUGUACUUUAAUCCAAUCCACUGGUAUAUUUUAUAAAUAGAACCGUUGGCCCAUUGCAAGGAAUAAAAUAGACAGCACUUUGUUGAGAUUGCCAGGAACACAAACAUGCCAGAAAUAAUUAGCUUAGUGAGUACCAUUACCCUUAGACCAGAAUAUCAUUCAGGGUCAUUACCUGGCCCAUUCCCUUACUCAAGUCAUGACACCCACUUUUUCUUGUGUGGUCCAGACAUUCACAAAUCAUUUUUUUUCCCACUGUUUAAUUGCCACUGGGAACUUGCCAAAUGUGGUUAUAAGGUACAAAGUACAAUGCCAUAAUACAAAUUGCUAAAUCAUUUUCAGAUGGUAAAAUAGCGUUAAUGCUUCUUUUUAUCCCUAGUAACUGUUGUUUUAUGAACUGAAAUAGCCUGAUUUGGAGAAAUGACUUCAGAACACACAAUCUUCCGGUGACAUACCAAUAAAAUAUGUACCUUUGCAAGGGACCUAACUGUGCAUAACGCUUCAAUAGAUGUGUAGCCUCACCCCUGCCCCAAGUUUAGAAUUCAAAGUAGAUAAACAUAAAGUUUUAAAUGGACCAGCUGCUGUAGAGGAAUGUAACCCAACCUUUUUAUUGCUGAUCCAGAAAAAAUAAUGAAAUGGGCUGCUGGGUAGAGUAGCCAAGGAUUUGCUUUGCUUUUUCAGUUCUGUAAAUUAAAUAGCCUUUAAUCAUUUACACUGAUUGGGUGCUUCACACUUGGUAAAAAAAAUCCAUGUAUUGGUAAAAAACUAUAUAUAUAUAUAUAUAUAUAAAAUUAUAUGCAUUAUAUCUAGGAAGCAUUUCUAAUAUUUCAUUUUAUCUACAAAGCAUUUCUAAUAUUCCAUUGAACCCAGCAGCAGUUGAGACCGCAGAUAAAGAUGGCUGAAAACACUGUAAUAAAAGAGGCUAUUUACAUGUAGAAGAUACAAAUACCCAGUAUGCCAUUUGCUAUGGUAGCAUUUCUUCAUUAUUAAAGGGAUAGCGUCAUACAAUAAAAUAUGUUCAUUAUGACAAAAAUAUUAUAUGAUUUGUAAAGAAUUGUAUUUUUCGGGGGGGACUUUUUUUUUGUUUAUUUAUGAAAGUUAUAUUGAAAUGUGCUUCCACAAGGAAUUGAAUUUGUUUUGGUACUAGUAUAACUAUUUCUGUUUCUUCUCUGGCAACUUUGUCUUUCUUUAUGACAAGGAGUUACACUCAGGAUCUGGGGCACUUGCAUUUUCAAGACAAAGAGCAGAACUAUUUACCCUUUAUUUGAAAGGUUUGUUUAGAUUGGACUGGCCUAUGAAAGCACCAGGUGAUCUCCUGGUGGGCCGAGACCCUAGUGGUCCUUAGCUAAGGAUAAUAAUUCCCAAGCCUUUCCAAUUCUCAUCAUAGGUUUAUAUAAUGCCUAUAAAAAUUUGCACUACAUUAACAUUUUUUUUUUUUUGAGAGUAGGCCCUCAGUGUUAGGUUUUCUGGGUGGCCCAGUCUGACACUGUGUCUGGGGAGGUCUUAGUCUAACUGAGCUAUGGAAGUCGGAUUGAUAAGAGGUCUGUCUGAUGAAGGACAGGUAAAUUAGUAGACAUUUAAAAUGCAUUAAUAUCUGAACCUGUAACGAGGCAGAAACUAGCACAGCACCAUUAACAGUUGGGCUAAAAAUGAUUAUAAAGGGGGUCAUUAUGUUAUGACAGUAUCCCGUAAUGAUGCAAUAUGUCAGAAAAACUCUUGUGCCAUGCCAGCGUCUCAUUUAUAAGUCUGUGUUACAAUCUUGCUCAGUGUGCAUAUUCAGAUGCAAUAGACUUUGCUCUCAGAUUCAGCCAUAAAUGUGGCCUGCCCGCAGUUUCCACUAUGAUUGCUAGGCUAGCAUGGUGCCCAAACUCAUCAUUAGUUAAUGCUUUUUUUAACCUUUAUUUAUUAAAGAUUUAAUGCUGCAAAAGCAAGAGUUGUGUUUACAUUGGCCGGACACACACAUUUAACAAACACCGAUCUUUAUUUUAUAGUUUUUAAAACGUCCUGUUUCCAAGGAAUGUCCAGAUAAGUUACAGCUGUCCUUAAAAGUGCUGCAUAGAACGAAAAGCGGAAUUCUUGCGAGUGGCCGAAGGGACGUGUGAGUAACAGGCAGAUGUAGAAACCCCAUUGCAAGUUUGUUUAGUACAUAUGGAUGUAAUCCCAGCUCUGUUAGUCUGGUUGGUAAAUUAGGCAGGACGUUUGAGUUCACGUGUGCGCAGAAAGUGCUGAUAGACAUGUUUUUCUUUCAUUGUUUGCACUAAACCCCCCCCCCCCGCUUCCACCUGGAAAUGAGAUGUCUAUGUAAUAAAAAAUUGUUAUUGAUUUGACUCAAGAACGAGAACAACAAGAAUGCUUGACUUGCAUCUCCUGCGACUGUGCUGUACCUAUGUUUAAAUAAAGGUACACUGUUAUUA